GAGAGCAAGGAAUUUUAUUUUUCGAUAUUAUUGCAGAUGUUUGCUCAUUCAUAGUGAAUUUACAUAACUCAACUUUGUCCUUGCAGUGAAGCACGGAAAUCGCCUGAACUUGAAGCAACUGCCCCCUGGGCCCUGAUAUUACAAUUUACAGGUGAUUGAUGUAGUUGAACAUUGAAGAAGUUGAAGCAGUUUUAUCUGCAAUCCAGUAAAUUAUCCACCUUGAUAUUCUAAAUUUUAUUUAUUUCAUAUUUGAUGAAUGCUAUUUAAUGUUGAAAAUAAAAGUUUUAAAAAAGGGUUAAUUUAUCAUUUAGCAUUACUGGCUACGUGCUGUGCCUGCUUACAGCUUUGCUAAUUGCUAUGAUUCGUACCUAUUUUGGUUAAGAAAACCACCCUGCCUUUCAUGUUGCAAUGCAUGAAUUUUAACAAUGCGGUGGCCAAUGACUGGGCAUACAAUUAUAUUGCAUGAAAAUAUCACCAAAUCUAGUAUUUUUUGUAUUAUAUCAUCGAUUGCAUAUAUUAGCUUACCUGUUUUUGACUUAUUUCUUGUCUGUGAACUCAUGAAUUGUGUCCUGGAAUUCCUUCUCAAUUUUCAAUAGUUAUAGGUACACAAGAUCAGGUGAUCAUGAUAUGGUGAAAGAUACAAUUCAGCAUUUUUCAGCUAUUUGUUAAUGCCCAUACUCCAUUGUGCUGCAACUCAGUAUUGAAAGGUUACAACAGCAAGAAAAGUAGAUGGCAGGCUGGGCGACUCGCCAGGCGGCGCUGCUGUGCCGAUAUCGGCCUCAGCUGGGUCGCAGACGUGCUCACCUGGCAUGGCGUGGCCAGCCAGCAGCUCGCGGCCGCGCCACGCCGAAGGCAGACGACUCGCUCGUCCGAAACGUCGGCAUCAUCGCACACAUCGACGCUGGCAAGACGACCACUACUGAGCGUCUGCUGUACUACAGUGGCGCCAUCUCAGCUAUGGGUGAGGUGCACGAUGGCGCGGCCACCAUGGACUUCCUCGAGCAGGAACGGGCGCGAGGCAUCACUGUGGCCGCCGCGGCCGUGUCGCUCCCCUGGCGAGACCGGCGGCUCAAUCUAAUCGACACACCCGGUCACGCCGACUUUACGCUGGAGGUGGAACGCUCGCUGCGCGUGCUGGAUGGCGCAGUGGCGGUGCUGGACGCGGCCGCUGGCGUUCAGGCGCAAACGCUCACCGUAUGGCGGCAGUCAGCGCGUUACCAGCUGCCUGUCAUUGUGUUCGUUAACAAGAUGGAUAAGCGGACGGCCGACUUGGAUGGCUGUCUCCGCUCAAUGCACGAGCGGCUGGGCGUGCCGCCGCUGCUCACUCAGCUGCCGCUCGGAGAGGGCGCCCAGUUCCGCGGUGUGGUGGAGCUGGGCUCGAUGACGCGGCUCGAGUGGCCCGCGGGUGGUGACGGCAAGAAGUUUGACAGUAGGCCACUGCGAGAGGACGCUGACGGGGCGCUGUGGGAGCGAGCAGCCGCCGCGCGAGCCACGCUCGUGGAGCAGGCCGCCGAGCUGGACGAUACUCUAGCCACCGAGUACCUAGAGGCGGCCUCUGCGGAGGAGGUGAGCGGGGACCAGGUGCGCGCCGCGCUACGCCGACUGACGCUGCGCCGAGCCGCGCUGCCCACGCUAUGUGGAAGUGCGUAUCGGAACACAGCCGUGCAGCCGCUCCUGGACGCUGUUGCCGAGCUGCUGCCAGCGCCCGCCGAGCGGCUACCCGACGCCGUUAAACUCUAUGGUGACUCACUCUGCGCGCUCGCUUUUAAAACGGUGCACUGCCGGCAGCGUGGCGCUCUCACCUACGUGCGUGUAUACUCUGGCGCGUUGGAGCCCGGACAGCGAGUGUAUAACGUGUCUCGGGCGCAGACGGAGCGGCUAGGCCGCGUGAUGACACCCAGCGCCGACCAGCUGACUGAGGAGCCGCGUGUCACCGCCGGGCACAUUGCUGUGGUGAGCGGACUGCGUGAGACGGCCACUGGGGACACACUGGCAGCUAGUCAGACGGCGGCAUCGGCGGCGCGCCGACGGGCUGGCUCGGACGGUAGCGCGGCGCUCCUCGGCGUCACUAUACCCGAGCCUGUGUUCUUCUGUUCCGUCGAGCCGCCCUCACUGGCUAAGGCUAAGGCGUUAGAGACAGCACUGGAGCGCCUGCAGCUGGAGGACCCCAGUCUGCGUGUGACACAAAACGAGGAGACUGGACAGACUGUGCUCUCAGGGAUGGGUGAGUUGCACCUAGCUAUCGUCAAAGACCGGCUACUGCGUGAGCACGGUGUGGAGGCGGAGCUGGGUGCUCCUCAGGUGUCCUACCGGGAGACACCGCGCGCCGCCGGUCGCCUGCGCCACCGGCUGGCGCGCCGCAUCGCCGACACAAACCACGAGGUGGAGCUGGAGCUGCACUUGGAGCCGGAGUCUGACGCGCCGGCGCCGCCGCAGCUCCUCCUGGCACCCACAGAGGAGAGUGCUGAGCAGCUACGCACCCUGCGACCGCGCCUGCUGGCUGCCGCCGAGCGCGGUGUGCGCGCGGCGCUGGCGCACGGGCCGCUGCUCGGCUGUCCCGUGGUGGGCGUCCAGCCGCGCCUCUCGUGGCUGCAUGUGGCGCCGCGCACGGCUGAACACGUGGUGACGGCAGCAGCGGCGCGGUGUACAGCCGAGGUACUCCGUGCCGCCGGCUGCCGGCUGUUAGAACCCGUCAUGGCACUACAUGUGACCACAGCAGCCGACGCGCUGAGUGCCGUGUUAGCCGACCUGAGCACGCGGCGCGCUCAGGUGCGGGACGUGCGCGACUGGCACGGCGAGAAGCUGGUGCUGGCGUCAGCGCCGCUGGCGGAGCUGCGCGACUACAACACGGCGCUGCGCACGCUCAGCUCCGGACUGGCCUCGUUCGCCAUGGAGCUGGAGACGUACUGCCCCAUGGCGCAGUACGACGAGGAUGGGGCGAUAGAGAGCGUCACUGGGUUCCGGCCGCAGCGCUGACACGGGGUGGUGUCGUGACACCGUGAUAUUGACAACGUGAUGCCUCGACACACAGAUGAGUGGCGUUGACUGAAACACAAAGACACAGUGAUAUUGCGAAUGACUCUUGAGACUUGGUAGCUAGGGUGUCCUCACCGAGGCAGUUUCCAUCGCUGUCUUCUACGUUUGCUAUUGUUAUUUAUGUGGUACUGCUGGAUAAAUUGUUGGUAGCCGAAGUGUUUGGUAGUGGGUGAAUUUAAAUGCUAUUGCUUACUUAUGUUCCUAGUCGAUUGUUUGUGGAAUUUGAACUGAAUCGUGACGUGAGGCUGAGGUAACGUAACAUACUUGACUGUGCAUAAGCAUGGUUUACUGAAUAUAUGCACGUUGGAGGCGAGUUAUAUUAUUUUAAU